GCCUGUUGGGUCUUGGGAGGGGACAGCAAGGGAAGGACCUUCCUGCCUCUAGGGACCCAGACUUCUGCUUUCUGCAAGGCAGCAGCAGGCUCUGGGCUCUGGGGAUCUACUGCUGUCUGGCCUAGAAGUAUCACAGAACCCCAGGAUUCCAUACACAGGAGGCCCCUGAGGCUGAACUGAUGAAGACGUGCUGGGGAGAGGUCUUGACACCCCUGUUACUGCUGCUCCUGGGUUUGUUCCAUGUCUCCCGGGCCCAAAGCAGCUGCACUGGGGUCUCCAGCAUCCCCGGCAUCCCUGGCAUCCCUGGUGUCCCUGGCUCUGAUGGCAAACCAGGCACUCCAGGGAUAAAGGGAGAGAAAGGGCUCCCUGGACUGGCUGGAGACCAUGGUGAGUUUGGAGAGAAAGGGGACCCAGGGAUCCCUGGGAUUCCAGGCAAAGUUGGUCCCAAGGGUCCUGCUGGCCCUAAGGGUGCUCCAGGCCCCCCUGGACCCCGUGGUCCCAAAGGUGACUCUGGAGACUACAAGGCUACACAGAAAGUAGCCUUCUCUGCCCUGAGGACCAUCAACACCCCACUGCGACCGAACCAGGCCAUUCGCUUCGAAAAGGUGAUCACCAACGUCGAUCAAAAUUAUGAGCCACGCAGUGGCAAGUUCACCUGCAAGGUGCCUGGCCUCUACUACUUCACCUACCACGCCAGCUCCCGAGGGAACCUGUGUGUGAACCUCAUGCGUGGCCAUGAUCGGGACCGCAUGCAGAAAGUACUCACCUUCUGUGACUAUGUCCAGAACACCUUCCAGGUCACCACAGGUGGGGUCGUCUUGAAGCUGGAGCAAGAAGAGGUUGUUUACCUGCAGGCCACAGACAAGAACUCCCUGCUGGGCAUGGAGGGAGCCAACAGCAUCUUCACUGGCUUUCUGCUUUUCCCUGACUUGGAUGCAUAAUUACAACUCACACCUAUCCAAAACCAUCUCCUGCCUCCCUGCCAGCAAUCCUCCCUGGAGCCCUGACACCACCCCUCGGCUGCCCAAAGCCCAGACCAGAGCCCUGUAGAUGUAACAGAAGGAAUGGGUAAAUAAACUCUUCAAGGCCAAAGGA